CUGGGUGCAGUACGCCAUGCGGUACUUCUAGGGUCUUGGCGCUAUGCAAGCGUAAAUAAAGUGUGCGAAGACCAGUACAUCGUGGCUAUGGAUGUGACGCCUUGGGAAACGUGCUUGCGAGAAUUUGUCUAGGGUGUUGGGCUGGCGUAUAUUGUAGAUCGUUGUCUGAAUUUCUCGCAUUGGUAUCCAUCAUGAUGGAGUAGUCCAGGACUAUGCUGCAUGAUGGGAAAUCAGGUCAUUUGCCAUCACUGCUACAGCAGACGAAGCCCCACUCCACAAGAAGCCAGGAGGAUCCGUGUGCUGCUAGUUGGUUUGGACAAUGCAGGAAAGACUACUGCGGCCAAAGGUCUUGUAGGCGAGGCGGUGGCCGAUCCGGCGCCGACGCUGGGCUUCUCGCGCCUGGAGCUGCGCCGCCGGGGCUGGUGGGUCGAGCUGUUCGACGUGGGCGGCGGCCGCGGCAUCCGCGGCAUCUGGCGCAACUACCUGGCCGAGUGCCACGGCCUCGUGUUCGUGGUCGACGCCAGCGACGAGGCGCGCGCCGACGAGUGCCGCGCCGCCCUACACGCCCUGCUCGAGGACCAGCGCGUACGCGGCAAGCCCGUCCUGCUGCUGGCCAACAAGCAGGACGUGCCGUCGGCGUUGGACGAGGUGGAGCUGAACGAGCGGCUGCAGCUGGAGCUGGUCGCCAAUCAGCAUUGCUGCCCGAUGCGCAUCGAGCUGUGCUCGGCCCGGCUGGCCAGCCACGCCGGCAAGAAACGCCACCUGGCCGUGGCCACCGGCUUCAACUGGCUGACGGACUACGUAAUCGAGAACCACGCCAGCUUGGAGAGCCGCGUGGCGGCCGACCUGGCCGUGCGGGCCGCUGACCUGGAGCGCGUCAGCAGCGUGCCGUCCGUGCCGCCGCCAGGUGAUGGGGGAGGAGCCGAUAUCGGUCUGGAGGCGCAGAUCGAGGAAGUGUUCACGCGCACCGAGAUGGGCCGGCUGCCGAUUCCCGAGUCGCCGGCGCUAGAGAAAGACUCUGGCCAGGGCAGCACAAAGGAGAGUGACUCGGACGUUCUCACCUCGUCCAGCGCCUCCCAACGCUCGACACAGCCGAAUGGAAUCGAAGGUACGAAGCGGCGGAACCGCUUCUUCAAGCGCUACACGAAGACGGCGCCGAUGCCGGACGAUGUGCGCGUGACGUCGCUGCCCUCCACACCGCUCACGCACCAGUAG